AUGAGCCCUCACAAAGUCGAAGCUCUUCCCUCCGCAGCUGCCCUGCCAUCAUAUGGCAUCUCAAAAAAUGGCUUCCUGCCUGCGAGUGCACCACUGACCCGUCUACCGAACGACUACUACCUCCCAUGGGAGUCCAUUGUCGAAGUGUUGCCAACGCUGAUCGAGACACGACAAAUCCGCCAACGCGUCGACGAGCUUCCCAUCCUCGACACAGCAUACCUAAAGACAGAAGCAGAAUGGCAACGAGCAUACUCAAUGCUGGCCGUCAUCACGCAAGGCUACGUCUGGCAAGGACCUGAGCCCUCAGAACGCUUACCCCCUACCAUCUCCGUGCCCUUCCUGAAAGCCGCUGAGCACCUCGAAGUUCACCCAAUAGCGACGUAUGCAGCCCUGAACCUGUGGAACUGGAGACCCCUCGAAAAAGGCGCCAACAUUACUCAGCCGGACAAUCUGGUAGCGCUGCACACAGCCACGGGAUCGGAUGACGAAUCGUGGUUCCUCAUCAUCUCGAAUGCAAUGGAAGCCCGGGCUGGGCCUUUGUUGCACAUUAUGCUUGCGGCGAUGGAGGCUGUUGAGCACAAUGAUGUUCCUGCAAUCGUGUCUGGACUCAGAUACUUUACAGAGAGCAUGAAGGAUAUCGGAAGGCUGCUAGAGCGCAUGGACGAGCGUUGCAACCCACAGAGAUUCUACUACACCAUCCGACCGCUGUUGGCCGGUAGCAUGAACAUGGAGGCUGCUGGUCUCCCGAACGGCGUCUUCUACGAUGAGGGCAAUGGUAAGGGUCAGUGGAGGAAGUACCGCGGCGGCAGCAAUGGACAAAGCUCGCUACUGCAAUUCUUCGACGCCGCGCUCUCUGUCAACCACACCCGCUGUGGCAACUUCCACGCCGAGAUGCGCGAGUACAUGCCCGGCCCACACAAGAGGUUUCUGGAUGACAUCGAGUCCAUCGCGAACAUUCGAAGCUAUGUCGACUCGCACCAAGAGGACACGGAGCUGCUCGAGGCUUACAAUGAAGCUAUUGCUGCGUUGAGCCGGUUCCGCGAUAUCCACAUCGCCCUAGUCACACGAUUCAUCAUCAUUCCCGCACGUCAGGGAAGGCCAGCGCAGUUUGCGGAGCGCAACGACAUCGCGUCCAUGAGCACGAAGAUGGCCGCGGAGAAGGGGCAAGUGCAAGAGCUGGUGGGCACCGGCGGGACAAAACUCAUCCCAUUCCUGCGGACGUCCAGAGACGAGACAAAAGAAGCCAAUGUCUCGUGA